AUGGACACCACCUUCAUCACCAUCCACGACCUCUCCGACGAUGCCCACAUCCUGUACUCGUCCGAUUCCAUUGUCGACAUCCUCGGCCAUACGCCUGAUGAGGUCGUCAACAGGUCCGUGUGGCAGUUCUUCCACCCCGAAGAGCUCCCGCUGGCGAGAGAGCAGCACAGUCGCGGUGUCAGGCUCGACAAGGCCGCCGUCCUGUCCUACUGUCGUCUGAGGAACCGCCAAGGCGACUGGGUUGGCUGCGAAUGCUGCUUUUCCGUCGUUUACGAUGUGCUCGUAUGCUGCACCAGCAUCUACCGUCAUGGCAUGCAGAGCCAAAAGCGCGCGGUUGAAGCUCCCAUAGUCCGCAAGCUGUUCGCCUCAUCUCCGAAGGACCCGCGCUACCAUAUGUUGUCGCAUCUAUCCUCCAAAUUUGACCUUGGCCCAGAGGAACAGACCCAUGAGCCCCGUGCUGCCCUCUUUCUCAACAGAUUCACGCGUACUUUGACUGUCAUGUAUGCUACCAGCGGCAUCGAACAGAUCAUUGGUAUUUCAGGAGAGGCUAUGAAGGGAAAGAGCUUCUACUACUGCAUUGCCCCAAACUGUCUUGAGGAUGCAGUCCGCUGUCUCGAGUCUGCCAAGGGCAACGACUCCAUUGCUUACAUGCGCUUCUUCUUCCGCGAUCCCCGCGACGAAGGGCCUGAGACUACCUCCUCCGAGGCUGAAAGUGAGGACGACAUUAUGACUGAUGUUACAGGCUCCGAUGAUGAGUCCGAGGGCGGCGUAGGUCUCAGCCGCCCUUCCACCACAGAUGGUACACCUAGCUCCAGGCAGCACUCGAACCCAAAUCAUCGCGCUGGUGGCAGUGAGGAGUCAUUUGCAACGCGUGCAAACUCGGGAGACAGCAACAACCGUGGACGUAACCAUGGAGCCAUGUUCGGUGGGUCGGCGGCCCGCUCAGACAUCUCGUCCGUGAGCUCGCCCCGUUCCGAAUUCCGGGACGAACCAAUUGAACUCGAAGCUGUCAUCUCAUGCACCUCGGAUGGUUUGGUCGUAUGUCUGCGUCGCGCUCGCCCAAUGCUACCAGGUACCAUUCCCAUGGCCCAACCUGCGCAGCAAUACAACGGCAUCUUCGCCGCUCCCUGGGCCACCCAGCCCGUCUUCCACCCCGCCCCGCCGCAGAUGCCUCAAUACCCACUGGGUGCCCGGCAUCCCGCCAUGGUGCACGCUGGACCUUCUUUGGACUUCCAAAACAGCUUCAUGCAGAGCAUUCGCGAUGUCGCCGUCUUUGCUUGGGCACUUACUGGCAUCAACGGCAGCCUUGUCGAUUAUGCUCGUGGUAAGCCAGUAGGUGAGAGUCAGCCUCCAGAAGGCUUCCCAGUCUGGAACCCUUUACCGAACCCAGCUUCCUUUGGUAAACAACAUUCCGCCGCACCUUCGGGUUACGUUUCCGGGUCCAAUAGCUCCUCAAGCAACGACCCCUUUGGAUUCGGUGACCCAGGUCUCCGUUGAGGUUCUGAGCUUACGCAUCUAGUGAACCCGGCACGAAAUGGGUUAUGACGCAGGUGCAACAUCACCAACACUACCGGAUCCAAUCUUCUACCGGUCAGGAAGUGUACUAGGCUAUCAUGCCAAAAGGAGUUAUGAUGAUGCGAUGCUGUUGCCAAUUUAUGAUUUCAUGCAAGCGAUAGCGGAUAUACCAAGCCAAAGGGGCUAUGUAAUGACGAUAAUGGUGAAUUUGGUUGGGCCAUUCCGCUCUUUCAAUUCAGCUGUAACAGAAAAAAA